AUGGAUCACAGCGGCGAUAAGGUGAGCUUGGGGCGGGUUCUGGCAUGCCAUUUCCACUCGCUAAGCUUGGAUUGCUCGUCGAUCUGUUGUUGAGUGUGGUGGGGGAGAGGGUGUGUGAUGCGAUGAUUGGUGGUGUUGCAGAGCUCGGGAUCUGUGGAUUCGGAGAGGAAGUCUGGGGAGGAGGCCUCGGACGAGGGGAGCCAGUUCCGCGAGCCGAAAUGCUGCACGAUCUGCCGCACCACGAGGACGCCUCUGUGGAGGGGUGGCCCUUCUGGCCCCAAGGUACUGACUAGGAGAUCCUCUCUCUCUUUCUCUCUCUCCCUCUCUCUCUCUCCCCCUCGAUCGGCCUGUGCUGGGAUGGGAUGUGUUUUGAUGGUUCCUCUCAGGAUGAUCAUUUUGUGCUCCGCUAGUUGGAUGUGGUCGUGAUCUUGACCGAGGUCGGUUCUCUUGCGUGCAGUCGCUGUGCAAUGCCUGCGGGAUCAGGUACGGGAAGAAGAGGAGAGAGCUCCAGGGGCCUGAGGGAGGGGUGAAGGAGAAGCGGGAGAGGAGGCGGAAGGCCAUUACCAAGGCAGGCAUCCUCCGGCUGCUGGGCCUCGGGAAGGACGCCCGGCUAAAGCCGGCCACUCUCCUCCAAAUGGAGCAGAGAUGGCCAUGGCGGCGGCUCGGUGAAGAAGAAGAGGCCGCCGUCCUGCUCAUGGCUCUCUCCUCUGGUUUCCUAUAA